UAGACGUUUAGCGCCUCUUUUUCUCUCGACUCUCAAGUCUUGCCCUAGCUUAGAAUUGAAGGACGCACGGCUUCAGGCUUCUUGCACAUCGAUUGAAUCAAGAGGUUUUGAGCCGAGGCAGGGGAUUAGGGUGAUGGCUGAAGAAGUUCAAAUGCAAGAAGUUGAGAAAGGUCCAAGGAAGAGAAAAAUAGGACACAAAAAGGGUAAGGGGAAGAAGAAAAUGAAAGUGAACCAGGGAAGUGGACAGAAGGUUAAAAUGGAUGGAAAAAUGAAAAAACUUUUCCGAAAAAAGGCUAGAGAUUAUAAUUCGGAUGAUAGUGAUGAUGCUAAUGAUGUCAAUGAAGAGGAGCCUUCCCCUCCAAUGAAGUUUGAAGAAAAGCAGUCGCAUGAUGAAAAUGAGGAGGCUGAUGAAAAAUCUGCAGAGGAAGAAGCAGACGUGGAAGAAGAUAUGGGCAAUGACGAUAUUUCUGAUGAUGAAGAGGGGAUAAUCGAACAUGGGAUUAUGAAAUUUUCUGAAGGAUCCACAUCUUUCAAAAAAGCCUUUAAGAAAAUAAUAAAGAGGAGUGGAUCAGAUGAUGUCCUGGGUCCUGUAUUAUCUGCUUACAAGAAGCUUGUGGUAAAAAAGCUUGCCGAAGAAGCUGAUGAAAGAAAAGUCAAAGGGGAUGCAAAAAAGGAAAAAACCUUGUUAGGAGAGAAAGGACAUGUCAAGCCUGAUUCUUUCUCAGUCUCGCACGAAAAACUACUCAUUGGAGUUGCUACAAAGGGAGUCGUCAAGUUAUUUAAUGCUGUUAACAAGGCCCAAAGUUCGCAGAAAGGUUUAAAUCCAUCAAGGUUGAAAGAUGCUAAAGUGAUUCAGAAGCGGAGGAAAGAAGCCUUCUUUUCAGAGUUGGGCAAAACCCCAUCUGGGUCGAAUGCUAUGGUUGCAAGUGGGGGCGAUGGAGAAGGUCCUGCUUGGGCUCCUUUACGCGAUAACUAUAUGUUGACGACUGCAAAGUUAAAGGACUGGGAUAAGGCAGCUGAUGCAACUGACGAUUUUGGAAGACAAGAAGAUAGUUCAUCAGACGACGAUGAUUAGAUCAUGUAAACGUCAAAGUUUUAUGAGUACUAUCUGUGUAAGUUUUGCUGCUUAUAUUCAAGUGAGAUGAUUUUGUUUCUAGGGUUUUGAAGAAAUUUGUAAGCAAAUUGUAUUCUA